CUGAUGAGGAACACCAGCAAAAUGUGGCAGCAGCAGCAGUGGCCAGGCCUCGGCCCCAGGCUGAAGAGCGAGGAGAUGGGAUGCCAAGGCGCCGGAGAAACAUGGGAAACCGGAUGAUGGCCCAGAGGAGAGCACAGCAGGCGGAAGACUGGGUGGAAGAGGAAGAUGAUGCUGAGGAGGUGCCAGAAUUUCAGGUGUCUGGGAAAAUUGGAGCAAAGAAGCAGAGGAAAUUAGAAGAGAAACAAGCCAGAAAAGCACAGAGGGAGGCUGAAGAAGCAGAGCGAGAAGAACGGAAAAAACUUGAGUCAAAAAGAGAGGAGGAAAGGCGGAAAGAAGAGGAGAGAAUACGUCUUGAGGAAGAACGACAGGAAGAGGAGAAAAGGAAGGCAAAGGAAGAAGAGGAGAAGAGAGAGUAUGAAGAGUACCUGAAGCUGAAGGAGAGUUUUAUAGUUGAAGAGGAAGGGGUUGAAGAAUCAAUGACGGAGGAAGAGUCUCGCAGCUUUCUAAUGGAAUUUCUUGAAUACGUUAAGAAAACAAAGGUAAUCCAGCUGGAGGACUUGGCUUCACAUUUGGGUUUAAGAACGCAGGAUGCGAUUAACAGAAUCCAGGACCUGAUGGCAGAUGGCACUCUAACAGGUGUGAUUGAUGACAGAGGAAAGUUCAUCUACAUCACUCCAGAGGAGAUGGCUGCUGUGGCUCAGUACAUCAAACAGAGAGGACGAGUCUCCAUCGCAGAGCUGGCCCGUGCAAGCAAUUCCCUGAUCAACCUCCAACCUGACAGCCGAGCUGUUGCUCCAACUGUGGCAUGAAAUUGUGGCGUGAGAAAAACACAGCAGGAGCUUAACCUUUUAAUGAAUAAGCCACAUAAUUAAAAACAAACAAGAACCCCUCUAGUC